UGCGGAGGCGGGAAUCUGACCCCAGGCGUUGGCCGGGUCUCCACGGCAGCCGAGGGUUUAUUAUCGGGCCUCCACCCAGCUGGGCGGACUUCGGACCUGCAGCCAAGGAAAGGGAGGAAGUCGACGUGACAGCGCCGUCAGGGAGCAGCCAGCCCAGCCCGGGUGGCAGCGCGGCCCGCGAUGGCCAAGUUUCUUUCCCAGGACCAAAUUAAUGAGUAUAAGGAAUGCUUCUCCCUGUACGACAAGCAGCAGAGGGGGAAGAUAAAAGCCACUGACCUCAUGGUGACCAUGAGGUGCCUGGGGGCCAGCCCAACGCCAGGGGAGGUGCAGCGGCAUCUGCAGACCCAUGGGAUAGACAGAAAUGGAGAGCUGGAUUUCUCCACUUUUCUGACCAUUAUGCACAUGCAAAUAAAGCAAGAGGACCCAAAGAAAGAAAUUCUCCUGGCCAUGUUAAUGGCAGACAAGGAGAAGAAAGGUUACAUCAUGGCAUCUGAGCUGCGGUCAAAACUCAUGAGACUGGGAGAGAAGCUCACGCACAAGGAAGGAAUGUGCAAGACCCUCAGUUGAUGCAGGCUCAGAAGACUGGGUGCAGAUAUCCUGCUAGGUGAGCAUUGGACUAGAGCCUGGGGAGCAAUGGGAGUCCUGGAGGCAGGAGGGGCAACAUCGACCAGGUUAAGGGACAGCUUGGGGCAAGUUAGCAAGGCACCUACUUGGCCCUUCCCCUGUGUUGAAGCUCUCACUGUGAGUCACUUACUGUGUCUGACAUCCCCAGAGCAGAUGCCCUACCUACUGAGCAAACAGGUAAGGAGAGUUGGGAGGCACCUGCAGGCAGGUUUGCUAGACAUAACUCCUGCCCCAACUCAAGGCACUUUCCUCUCACCACAGUAUCUGAUGUUGCUGAGGUUAAGCAUUUCCAAAUUUGCUCCUUUUCCUGCCAAAUUAGUCAGCUCUAAGAGCUUUUCCAGAAGGGGGUGCCAUGAGGGCCUUUGCAGGGACAGCUGGAGAAGCACUCCUGGUCACUAACCCCACGAGGGGCCCUUGCCUCACACCUUCCAGCAGCCCCGUAUGCCUUCACAACUUUCCUGGGAAUGCCCCUUCUAUGUUGGAAAGGGGACCUCAAUGCUGGCCUUUGCUGAGUUCUUCCAGCACACUGGGCCUGCCGAGCCCAUCACAGUGGCCAGCCCCACUCUGCCCUCAAAGGCCAUGUCCCCAACCCAUGGAGAGCCUGAAGUUUCUAGUUAGGGUGCCCUCCUUCCCUGAGGUUGGGACAUGAGUGCUGGGCUUGGCCACAGUAGGAAAAAGGCUUCAGUAAGUACUGGCCAUCAGCUUCUGCUUAUAUCACGGCAAACCACUGGAGGGGUUUUGAGGUUAUGGUUUAAAUUAGGUUUGAAUCUUGUAUCUCUCUCUUUCCAGGGGACCUCAGAUGAGUUUCUUAACCUCUCACCCCCCUCCUCAGUUUCUUCUCUGGAAAUGAUGUCUCAGUAGGCAAUUCCUCAGGUCCCUCCAAAAGCCAUUCUACAAAGGAGUCUGCUCAGAUUUUUAUCUGCUGUCACAAAGGCACAGCAGAGCAUUUAAAAAUAGCGCUACAGCAGGCAGAGUCAGCUUCCGCUGCUUUUU